AUGGGACUACAGGAGUACUGUGCGGGAAUCCACGAGGGUACUGUGGAGCCUUGCACCGGGUUACUUGAUGCUGCGAAAAGAUUUGGCUGGGCUAAGGCUCUUGUGGACUUUGUUGAUCGCCAUAAGUUCGUAGAUUUCCGCCUCGUGUUCCCGACGGGCGACGGGCUGGCCGUGUCCUAUCCGUUGCGGCUCCGGUCACAGCACGAGCCCGGCGCGGCUCGUCUUCUGACUCUCACCCGCGCUGACAAGGAGCAGGCCAAGCUACGGCUGGCAACGCGCUGCGUACUUCAUGCCUUCCACGACGCCUUCAUCGGGAAACGCUUCCAGACAAAAGAGCUUCAUGGUAGCACAGACGAGAUCCUAGCUAAAGUGAAAACGGGCAGCUUCUGGCGCACAUCGAAGCCGGACAUCAUACCGUCACCAUCAUCAGAACCACGACGUCGUCCCGCCACUGUCUACGGGUUCCCGGAGAUCUCUAUUACCAGCCACUCCGACACGAAGACCUUGCGCCGCAAGUAUCACACGCUCAGGAGUCUGGUGUAUAAGGAGCAGGUGGACGUGAAGGCGAUGAGGCAGCGGCCGAGGUCGGCUUGUUCUACUGUGAGGAGUAAGCAGAGCUUGAGUAGACCAAAGUUGCUGGAAACAUUGGACUUUAUCACAGGCGUUAAGGACGCUUUUUCUGUUGAAGAAUCGGGUGCAUCAGACGUAGAGGACAAUUGCUGGCGAGUGGAGGACGAAUGGGUGACGUCGCAGGUGGCACCCCUUAACUUUAUAACCUCGCGAAGUGACAGACCUCUCCAUAUGCUGUUGGCUGACAUCGUGCUGUCUCUACUGCGGAGACACCGGUUCACGAUUCUUCAAGAGCUAUGCUGCCACCUGGGUGAAGCUAGUGAAGGCGCGUUGUUUUCUCUGCACCGACUUGCACGUGUAGCUCGCGCUAGGAGCACGGACCGAGUAUCCAGUACCUGGAAGUUACCUGAAAUGGAGACGGCAUUUCAACAGCAGUACAGGAAGCGUCCGCCCGACUACACUUCCGGAGACGAGGCGCCCAAGCCCCCGCCACUACCACGUCACUCCAUGACUUCUCAAAUAAUCAAACGCUAUGAGUCGCCAUAUUACGACAUGCAUAAUACUCCCACCGGAAUCACAAACCCAACCUACGACGUAAACCCCAGACACAGAGUAGUAAAACGCAGUAAGUCAUUGAACAGAGCGAUCAGUAUUACCAGCGUGGACCUGAACAAUCUUACUCUGGGGUUCCGGAGCAAGAACACCAACGACGUGGCCAAUGUGUUGAAUGGUCACAGUGGCGCUGAGUUCGAUAUGAGGAGGAACUACCUCCAGAAGUAUGAGGGUCGUGGUGGUGGUGUGGACUCGUUGAGGAUAAACAGGAUUGGUGCUGAUUGAAUUAAAUUUAUAUUUUUCAAAUUCAAAUUCAAAUAUUUUUAUUCAAAAUAGGAUUCAAAAUCACUUAUUGAACGUCAAAACUACCACCCAUUAAAAAUGUACUGCCUCAGACCUGAGAAGAACGGGCGCAAGAAAUUCAGCGCGCUUUUUUUAUAUAAAAAUAUGGAUUACAAUGUGAUAUCGUACAAUUAACAUUUAUAAUUAAAGAGCCUGAGGGUGUUCGCUUCAUUCCCAGUCGGUGGUAUCAUUAAGAAAAUCGCUUAUGCUAUAGUAACCUUUCCCACACAAACGUUUUUUAACAAUUCUUUUAAAUUACGUAACACAUUUGUUCUGAACAUUUUCUGGGAUCAUGUUGUAGAAGCAUAUACAUCACCCAGUAAAAGACUUACUAACUCGACUUAACCAAGUAGCAGGCAUAACAAGUUUAACAUUAUCGUUGUCACAGUUUUCUAGCAUAUUCCUCCAUGUGCUUAUGAACAUAUGGAACAUUAUCAAGAAUAAUGUUAUAAAUUAUUAUUAUGAAUUAAUGUAUAUAUUGGUGGUAAUGAUCAAAUAUUAUAAUUUUGAAAUUAAAAAAUAGUUUUUUAUUAUA